UCUAAGUCUCUUCAAAAUGUUAAUAAACUAAUUCCUAUAUCACCUCCUAUGCUAUCAAUCAAUUCAUCUUAUGAUAGUAAGACAUCUUAUAAUUCAAAAUCAAGAAGACAAAACAACAACGACCCUUCAUCAAGAAAGGAUUUAUGGGAGCGCCUUUUCUAUCAAGGUUAUAAAGCAGAUGUUUGCAUUAACACUAAUAGUGGUGUUGUUUAUGCUCAUUCUAACAUUAUUGCCAUGGCUUCUCCUGUAUUGAGAGGCAUGUUAAAGCAAGCACGUCGACAUGGACGAUGGCGAACAAUAUCAAUCAUUGGGGUUCCACAUGAUGCAGUCCAAGUUUUUAUUCGAUAUUUGUACACUUAUAGUUACGAGAAAGAAGAUAUGGAUGAAUUUGUUCUACAUUUGUUGGUGUUGUCGCAUGUAUACAUGGUUCCUCACUUGAAGUGUGAAUGUGAACAAAAACUAGAAUUGGGUUUACUCACCAUGGAUAACUUGGUUGACGUGUUUCAACUAGCAUUGUUAUGUGAUGCUCCAAGACUUAGUCUCAUUUGUCAUCGCAAGAUAUUGAAAAACUUCAAAGUUGUUUCAAAGUCAGAAGGAUGGAAAUCAAUGAAGUUAAGUCACCCAUUUCUAGAAAAGGAAAUUAUAGAGUCAAUGAUAAAUGAAGAAAAUAUAAAAAAGGAAAGGAUGAGAAAAAUGAAUGAAAGAAAGGUAUAUCUACAAUUGUAUGAAGCCAUGGAAGCUCUUGUUCAUAUAUGUAAAGAUGGUUGUCGAACUAUUGGUCCUUAUGACAAAGAUCUUCGAGCAAACCAACCAUGUAAGUAUUCAGCAUGCAACGGAUUAGAGUUGCUUGUUCGUCAUUUUGCUGCAUGUAAGUUGAGAGUUCCCGGAGGUUGUGUUCAUUGCAAGAGGAUGUGGCAAUUAUUCGAGUUACACUCUCGAUUAUGUGUUAUUCCGAACGAUUGUAAAGUUCCUUUAUGCAGGAACUUUAAGGAACGAAUAUCAAAACAAAGCAAGAAAGAUGAAAUUAGGUGGAAAAUAUUGGUUGAAAAUAUCUUGAGAACAAAAGGAAUCAAUAUAGCAUCAUGUUUUUUGCGACAAUGA